CGCCGCCCCUUAUUGGCCCAGCGCUGGGCAGCGGAGCCUCCCAUUGGCCUGUCGCGCUCUGGGCCCCGCCCCUCAUUGGCGCUGCGGGCCUUGCGGCGGGGGGGGGGGCACGGGCUCACCCGCCGGCCCCGCGGCGGCCAUGGCGCUGGUGCUGGAUCUCCUCAGGCGGGUGCUGGAGUACUUCGGCUGGGAGCCCUACCAGGACAUAUUUUUGGAAACUCGCAUGUUGAGUAGCAGCAUCAGUCGUACAGUCAGAACAUGCGUUCCUUCAGCAAUCCUAUCCAGAAGACAUUUCCAGCAGUUAUAUGCAGUCGUAAGGAAGUAUCAAGUCAAGGUUGUAUCUGUUUGCCAAAAAAAGAAAUAUGGAUCUUCCCGGAGUGUUGUCCGUAGACUUGGGACAAUUCUUUCCAUAGAGCCCUACCCAAGGCCUUACAUUAAACUUGUUGAAGACCCAGGUCCACUGGUUCAAGAUAAUGAUGAACAAAGCAUUGCUCCAGCUCCUUUAGGUCCAUCACUUGCUGAUGUUCUAUGGGUAGCAAAUGACGAGGAACAAACAUCUACUAGACUUAGGGCUGAAUUAUGUAGCAAAGAAACAAGUAAAGUUUAUCAUGACCUACGUCCAUCUAUAGAUGUAGUACAAAGUGUUCCAACAAGCAGUACACAAAAAAGCAGCCUGGUUGAGCAAGCAGCACUCCAGAAAAUUUCUGCCCUUGAAGAUGAGCUAACCUUUCUUCGUGGCCAGAUUGCUGCGAUUGUUUCAACGCAGACACUGGGAAGCAUUCUGCCACGCUUUAAAACAUUCAACACUCCAGAUGGAUUUUACUCAGUGCCAGCCAUGACUUCUACGCCAUUGUCUGUCUCUCACAAUCACUUUGCAAUUCCCUCGCCUCCUCCACUUCCUUCUGGUGUACCAUCUGGUGUUGAUGCUAGCAAUUCAACAGUUGAACUUAUAAAACAACGUCGCUCUGCCAGAAGCAGUGGUUCAACUAUAGCUGAUAGUGCUGAUCACCAGAGUACAAAAACCGUUCCCAGUAUGAUGGAUGUUUUGAAAGACCUAAACAAAGUUCGGUUGCGAGCUGUUGAGAGGUCACCUGGUGGUACUCCUCUUUCUAGACCCAGAAACAGGCCAAAUUCAGAUUGGGAUCCAGUUGCUCUACUAACUCAUGCACUAAAGCAAAAAUUUGCACAUAGAAAUUAUGAAGAUGAUGAUUCCUUGGACAAGGAAAAUCGAUCUUUUGAUAGUUCCCCAUUUUCUAGUCCAGAGAUCCCACUGGUUGGACGUUGCAGUCUGAAGCCAAAUGUGAAAUCUAGCAUUGUAAGAAGCGAUGAAGUUAAACAGGCAUCAACAUGGAAAGCGAGAGCUCAGAUUUAACUGACGGAGAUUUUUGAGGAGACUUCAUAGUGUGUAUGAGUGGAGAGUCCACUCUAAAACACUUCCAGAACAUCUCUCCUAUGCUGUUGAAAUUUGGGUUGUAGGGUUUGUAAAAUUGCUUCUUCCUUCUUGGUUUCCCAGCAGCUGAACUUGUGAAUAUGAUGCAUGCAACAACAAAAAAAAAAGGUUUUUAUUGCUAUGGAGCAGUGUGUUUGAAAUAUGGGAAAUGCAGGAAAUAAGUGUGUGUGAAAGAAAAAGAAUUGGUGGGCAGCUGAGGUGUGCAGUCAGUUUACGCUCUGUUAUUUACACUGAAGUGCAAACUUUGUUAGUGUGUUACAUAUAACUGUAUUUAAAUAAUGGUAGCUAGUACUGUUUUGUUAUGGUAUAGUUGCCUGAGUUUUCUUUUCAGGUUGCUCAUGCAACUUCUUACCAUGUGCAAACAGUAUUCUGACUUAUUUUGGGUAAGUAGAUAAACUUUUGUGUUUGUGAAAAUCUGUUGCACUGAAGGUAAACUGCAGGUUGUCUGUUAAAUGCCCGUAAUAUGGAGGAGUUGCAUACUGAGAUAAAAACCUGGUAGCGCACAGUCUGAAUUCCAUAUGUAAAUAACAUUAAGUCCCUCCUUGGCUUCUCCAUACAAAGUCUGUUUUGUUCACAAGAGUUUAUAAAAUAAAAUUUGCUUUCUCAUAGAUAUGUGUGGUAGUGGCAUUUUGUGUUGCAGACUAAUUUUUUUGUCUUAUGAACUGACCAUAAUUAAGCUUGCAUUUUUCCUGCUAGAGUACUUGGAGUUCCUUAAUUACAAAUUCAUUACAAUCAACUGCUUACAGUAGCUGCCUUCACGUACUCUUUUGUCUAAUUAUCCUGAUGUAUAAAACCAAAUCUUGUCAAUUACUGUGGGCUGUCUUCUAUUUCCCUG